AUUCGAUACAAGUGUUGGCGGACAAUCUCGCUAGCUACAAUCCCUAAGUUCCUCGCUCGUGCAUUUAAUAAAUGCCCCUCAACGAACUGUGCUUCUCAUCCAAUAUUCACUCAAGCUAUCGUUGCUGCACAGUUCAAAAUCUUCUCCGUCUCAUGAUCAUUCACGCGAUCACGUUCUCGUGACGUCAGCCUUCUGGACCCUAUAUAGGUUACUAUGCAUACGACCUCUACCCCACAUAAAGACGUCGAAAGUCAAACAGCUAACAUCUGGAGCUACGAGCUAUUGAAAUUGCGAAAACAACCUGUCGAAAUGUUUUCCCGUAGAAAAUCGAACGAUCAGGAAUCAUACGUCUCUCAAAUGAAAGACAAAGCUCAAAGCGUUGCUGAUAACGUGACCGAGAACACGAUUCCCUCGCCAUCGAGGAAGCUUAGUUUUGGUUCAGGUGCUGAACAAGAUCGUUACGCUGCACACUUCGGACUAGGCCACGACGGCCUGGAACGAAUCCGACGUGCUGCCUCGUCGAAAGGCAUUGGCGCAGAACAAGACCGCUACGCUUCUCAUUUUAGCUUGGAAGAGGCAAAGAUCAGGCAAGCUAAAGAAGCCAUAUUCAACAGCGGAGCCAGUGGGGCAGAGCAAGAUAGAUAUGAAGCCAGGUUUGGUCUCGGUUAUGAUGGCUUACAAAGAUUGAAAGCGCUAGUGAGAUCCGAGGGUGUCGGAGCAGAGCAAGACAGAUAUGAUGGACACUUCGGAUUGGACGAGUCGAAGGUGGAAAAGGCUUUAGAGGGGCUGAAGAGUAGCUUUAGGAGGUAAAGUCUGACUUUUAACUCCCUUUGGGCGCGCAUGACACAAACCGCCUAGCGACGAAAAUAUUACCUUGUAUAAUAAUGCUAAAUAGUAACCAUGCAUCUUCUUAACGAUCUCAUGCAGGCACCUUCGAAGCCAACGGUGGAAGUGUGCGCCCAUGCAUAUUGAAAUCCCUGUUGUGCAUCCUUCCGUAUGUG